AUGGAACCGACACGGGCGGACCCUGCGGCGCGGGCACGCCUGCGUGAACGGAACCGACUCUGGGAAGCCAUCUGUUUGUCCAUUUCGGAGCUGCUCCCCGACUUGCCCCUGAAGCAAAUCGCUGCCGCGGUGAAGCGGGCCAACGGCGACCAGGAACAGGCCGUGCUGCUCCUCCUGAACGAACCUGAGCUGACGUCUCCACAGCAGCCCAGCACUCCCACCAUCACCACCACCACCACCACGGACAACACCAACAGCACCGCCGCUGCUGCCCCCGACCAGGCGAAGGAGAAAGAGCGACGAGGAGGAAGAGGAGGCGAUGCGCAUGGCCCAAGACGAGUCGCUGGCGCUCCGGCUGCAGCAGGAGGACGAGGAGGCCUCGCUCCAGGCCGCGCUCCGCGAGCUCGAGCUCCAGGAACGCGGCGGCGGCGAGCAGCAGCGAAACGCAGAGCAAGAAGAAAAAGAAAAGGAAGAAGAACGGGAGGCAGGAGAGAACAGGACUCGGGCUGA